CUUGACUGUAAAUAUGCAUAUCGAUGGCAAUGGCAACAGCGAAUCGACGACUUGUUUAAACUCCAACUUCAUUUCUUCGCGUUGCGCCAAUCUUAUUCCUUUCCAACCCGGCGCUUGAAAUGAGGAAACGAGAUUCAAGAUGCAAUGCUAUACGGAGUUGACGCCGCCUACGGCUGUCACGCAUUCCCUAUGCCUCCCUUUUAUCAAUGCGCAAAGCAAUAAUCUCGUCGUCGCAAGAGCCUCUCUUCUACAGAUAUUCACUACCAAGUCCGUCUCUGCUGAACUAGACAAGGCUCAGAAUGCCCAAUUGCAAUCUUUCCGAUCGGCCGAACACUACGAUUCCAGAAUAAACGACGAUGAAGGCCUCGAGGCUUCUUUCCUUGGCGGCGAUUCCCUUCUCGUCAGGUCCGACCGUUCUAACUAUACGAAAUUAGUUCUUAUCGCUGAAUUCCCUUUAUCUGGGACAAUCACAGGGCUCGCCCGUAUCAAAUCGAAAACUACUGCUUCCGGCGGAGAGGCCCUCCUAUUAGCGCUGAAAGAUGCGAAGCUUAGCAUGGUUGAGUGGGAUCCGGAGAAGAAUUCAAUAAAUACGACAUCCAUACACUACUAUGAGCAAGAGGACCUACAAGGAGCCCCAUGGGCUGCUCCUCUCAGCCAUUAUGUCAACUUUCUAGCAGCUGACCCAGGCAGUCGAUGUGCUGCUUUGAAAUUUGGCUCGCGUAGUCUUGCCAUUGUCCAGUUUAAAACUGCAGAGGAAGACAUAGAUAUGGAUGACUGGGACGAGGAAUUGGAUGGCCCGAAGCCUGUCAAAGAGCUAUCUACUACGCUCGCAAAUGGAACUAGCAGCAAUGAAGAGACUCCAUAUUCAACCUCGUUUGUCCUUCGACUGCCCAAUCUUGAUCCUAGUCUCAUCCAUCCUGUGCAUCUAGCAUUUCUUCACGAAUACAGAGAACCCACGUUCGGUAUUUUAUCCUCCACUACUUCGCCAUCUUUAGUACUAGGUCGAAAAGACCAGCUCACGUAUAUGGUGUUUACCUUGGAUCUUCAACAGAAAGCGUCCACAACUAUCCUGUCAGUGACGGGCCUCCCACAAGAUCUGUUUCGAGUCAUUGCGUUGCCUGCCCCAGUUGGUGGCGCUCUCCUAGUUGGUACAAAUGAGCUUAUACACAUCGACCAAUCCGGAAAGUCACAUGGCGUAGGUGUCAACCAAUUUGCGAAACAAACCACAUCGUUUAGCUUGAUCGACCAAGCUGAGCUUGAGCUGAAGCUAGAAGGUUGUGAGAUCGAAGUCAUGUCAGCAGAAAACGGCGAGUUUCUGAUGGUUCUACGAGACGGUCGCCUGGCAGUAAUUACAUUUAGAGUCGAUGGCAGGAUAGUAUCCGGAUUAAGCGUUCGAUUAAUUGCGUCAGAGGUCGGUGGAUCUAUCAUACCAACUGGCGUUGCGACCUUGAGCAAACUGAACAAGACGUGCAUAUUUGCUGGUAGCGAAGGGGCUGAUUCGUUAGUCGUCGGCUGGACACGUAAACAAGGUCAAUCGGGAAAGAGAAAGGCUCGUCUCCAAGACCCAUCUCUAGACGAUAUUGACAUGGACGAUGAGGAUAUGGAAGGACUAGAAGACGAAGAUGAUCUGUAUGGGGAAGAUUAUGUGCCGACUAAACAGUCAGCUAACUCAGCCAAUACCUCAAGUGGUAAAACGGGCGAGCUUGUUUUCCGCGUACACGACAGACUUGUCAGCAUCGCGGCCAUCAGGGAUUUCGCGAUUGGUCAGACAACUUCAUCCAAAGAAAGCCAAGCAAAUCAGUUUGGUGUUGCAAGUGAUCUCGGGUUUGUCUGCGCAUGUGGCGAAGGCAAUGCUGGCUCGAUCGCUGUAAUUAAUCGAGAAAUACAGCCCAAGGUCAUUGGCCAUUUUGAGUUUCCCGAAGCAAGGGGAUUCUGGACGAUGGCUGCACAGAAACCCAUACCAAAAGCAUUACAGGGUGAUAAAGCAGCUACAGCGAUAGGCGGAGAGUACGAAACAUCCGCUCAACAUGACCGCUACAUGAUUGUCCCUAAAGUUGAUCUAGACGGAUAUGAGACGUCGGAUGUUUACGCCUUGACAGGUGCUGGAUUCGAGGCUUUGACCGGGACGGAAUUUGAGCCAGCUGCUGGUCUUACCAUUGAAGCCGGAACUAUGGGCAAUUAUAUGAGAAUCAUACAAGUUCUCAAAACUGCCGUCCACUGCUACGACGGAGACUUCGGACUCACCCAGAUUUUGCCGAUGUUGGAUGAGGAGACGGGCGCGGAACCUAGAGUUGAUAGUGCUAGCAUAGCCGACCCUUUCCUCUUACUAGUACGAGAUGACGGCAGUGUGUUCAUCGCGAAGAUUUUCAAGAACCUAGAACUUGAAGAACUAGAAAAAGAAGAUUCGGUACUCACUUCGACGAAAUGGGCUACUGGCUGUCUAUAUGAGGAUCGAUCUGGCAUAUUUGCCGGGGUUAAUAGCGACAAAGGCGCAAAAACCGACGAAAACAUACUGAUGUUUCUGCUCAGCAAGGCCGGGGCACUACACGUGUAUGCUCUACCUGACCUAUCGAAACCCGUCUACGUUGCUGAAGGGUUACCCUUCGUACCACCACUCCUUUCCGCGAACUAUGCAGCAAGGCGAGGUACUGCCAAAGAAAUCAUUAAAGAGAUAUUGGUGGCUGACCUUGGGGACAUGACAUCCUCAUACCCGUAUCUUAUUGCACGUCAUGACAAUGAUGAUGUGACAAUAUAUCAACCUUUCCGUAUACCUUCAACUACAGCCCAGGAACUUUCCACAACACUUCAGUUCCAGAAGCUACCUAAUCCUGUUCUAGCGGAUAUCCCAGAACCGCCAGAAGACGAUGAUGACGAUGAAGUGAGACGACCGACUCCAAUGCGACGUUGUGACAACAUAGGCGGAUAUAAGACGGUCUUUCUCCCAGGCGAUUCUCCAAGCUUCAUCCUAAGAUCAUCCAAGACGUUGCCUAAGGUUCUUGGGUUACAAGGCGGCGGUGUUCGAGGAAUGAGUCCAUUCCACACUGAAGGAUGCGAACGUGGCUUUAUUUACGCAGACUCUAAAGGUAUCGCCCGGGUGUCCCAAAUACCAAUUCGUAACACCACAUACGCCGACAUAGGCAUGUCCCUCAAGAAAAUUCCUCUUAAUACCGACAUACACACCAUCACCCAUCAUCCCCCAUCCGGGAUCUACGUUGUGGGUUGUGAUACCCGCGAGCCAUUUGAGUUACCUAAAGAAGACGAUUAUCAUAAAGAGUGGCAGCAUGAAAAAGACCUUGUCUUCAAACCUACAGUGGGACACGGUAGCAUCAAACUGAUCAAUCCAAGCACCUGGACCGUCAUCGAUACCAUUGAGCUGGAUCCUUGCGAGAUAGUGAUGUGCAUCGAGACAAUUAAUCUCGAAGUCUCAGAGUCGACUAAUGAGCGAAAGCAUUUAAUCACGGUUGGUACCGCCGUAUCUCGUGGUGAAGACCUCCCCAUAAGAGGCAGAGUUCUCGUAUACGAUAUCGUGACGGUUAUUCCCGAACCAGGAAAGCCCGAAACCAACAAGAAGCUAAAACUCGUAGCAAACGAGGACAUUCCUCGCGGCGCAGUCACAGCUCUUUCUGAAAUAGGAACACAAGGUCUAAUGCUAGUUGCCCAGGGUCAGAAAUGCAUGGUCCGGGGUCUGAAGGAAGACGGGACCCUACUUCCCGUCGCGUUCAUGGACAUGAACUGCUACGUAACUACAGUUCGUGAAUUGAAGGGGACGGGCCUUUGCUUGAUGGCCGAUGCGGUGAAAGGCGUCUGGUUCACCGGCUACACGGAAGAGCCUUAUAGGAUGGUGCUCUUCGGGAAGAGUUCUACCAAGUUGGAAAUUCUGACGGUGGACUUCCUGCCAGAUGGAGAUGAAUUAUUCAUUGUGGCCUGCGACUCGGAUGGUGGGAUCCAUAUCCUCCAGUUCGAUCCUGAUCAUCCCAAAUCCCUCCAAGGCCACCUUCUCCUCCACCGCACAACCUUCUCCGCUGGCGCGCAUCCCCCGACACGCAGCAUGCUGCUCCCGCGCACCCUCCCCGCGGACUCAGAAUAUCUCACCCAGCAUAACAAUAAUAGCACUGCUGCGACUACCGCGACUAAUGGGUCUGACCCUGACUCCCCCCCCGCCCCUCCCUCCCUGAUUCUCUUCUCCUCCCCCACAGGAGCUCUCUCAUGUCUCGCCGCCCUCUCGGAGCCCCAGUACCGCCGGCUCUCGUUCCUAACGGGCCAGGUCAUGUCCUCGCUCCCGCAUUACGCAGGCCUAAACCCGAAAGAUUACCGCGCGCCCGUUUCGUCCGGUGCCGUGGGUCGGUUCCCGCCUGCCGUCGACGCAGGAAUGGGUCGGAGUAUCGUAGAUGGAGCGCUAUUAGCUAGGUGGAAUGAACUCGGUGCUGGAAGACGGGCGGAGAUUGCAGGACGCGUGGGAUUUGCAGGCGUCGACGAGGUCAGGGAUACGUUGAGGGAGGUGCUCGGAGCGGCCGGAUUGGGAUAUCUAUGAAUUGGGAGUAGGGGAGAUAAGGGUGUUGCGUGCGGAAUAUGGCACAUCUAGCUAACUAGUUGCGGAAAACUUUUACCCGUCUAUCUGGAUGGUUGAUAAUUGGCAGGAAUUUAGACAGCUGGAAUGAGUUGAAUCAAAUCACGAGUUACAUAGUUCAUCUCGCCUAGACUAGUCUCCUGAUCAAUAUUAUAUGAGAUGCAACUUAGGACCUAAGUAGAUAGGUAGGAAUUUUGCUUACGACGUAACUUGGCGGGAGUAGGGGUAGUAGCUUCCUACAUAGGUAGUUAUCA